AUGGACCUGCGACAGUUUCUCAUGUGCCUAUCUCUGUGCACAGCCUGUGCUCUUAGCAAGCCCACAGAGAAGAAGGAGCGAGUGCACCAUGACCCUCAGCUCAGCGACAAGCUCCAUGAUGAUGCCCAAAACUUUGACUAUGACCAUGAUGCCUUCCUGGGUGCAGAAGAGGCCAAGACCUUUGAUCAGCUGACCCCAGAAGAGAGCAAGGAGCGACUUGGAAAGAUUGUAAGUAAAAUAGAUGAAGACAAAGACGGGUUUGUCACUGUGGAUGAGCUCAAAGACUGGAUUAAGUUUGCACAAAAGCGCUGGAUUUUCGAGGAUGUAGAGCGGCAGUGGAAGGGGCAUGACCUCAAUGAGGAUGGCCUCGUUGCCUGGGAGGAGUAUAAAAAUGCCACCUACGGCUACAUCUUAGAUGACCCAGACCCUGAUGAUGGAUUUAACUACAAACAGAUGAUGGUGAGAGAUGAAAGGAGGUUCAAAAUGGCAGACAAAGAUGGAGAUCUCAUUGCCACAAAGGAAGAGUUCACAGCUUUCCUGCACCCUGAGGAAUAUGACUAUAUGAAAGAUAUAGUAGUGCAGGAAACCAUGGAGGACAUUGACAAGAAUGCUGAUGGCUUCAUUGACCUGGAAGAAUACAUUGGCGAUAUGUACAGCCACGACGGGAACGCUGACGAACCAGAGUGGGUGAAGACUGAGCGGGAGCAGUUUGUGGAGUUCCGAGACAAGAACCGGGAUGGGAAGAUGGACAAGGAGGAGACCAAGGACUGGAUCCUCCCCUCUGAUUAUGAUCAUGCUGAAGCUGAGGCCAGGCACCUGGUCUAUGAAUCUGACCACAACAAGGAUGGCAAGCUGACCAAGGAGGAGAUCGUUGACAAGUACGAUUUAUUCGUGGGCAGCCAGGCCACGGACUUCGGGGAGGCCUUAGUACGGCACGACGAAUUCUGAGCUGCGGACAGAGAAGCCCGAUUUUCUUCAAAAGUAAUUUAUUUUUUACAGCUUCCGGUUUCACGUGAAAAUCGUGUUCGCUACUGAGACUGUCCAUUACAAAUUUCAAGAGAUGAAAAGCAACGACAGCAAAACUCAUCUUGCCCCCUUUCCUCUACCCAGAGGAACUAGAGGGAGACUCCGUGCUCCUGGUGCGCGACUGUAAUUUCAAAACUUGUUUUUUUAGAUUUACACUUUGGUUUCCUGUAUAACGAGUUGUUUUUAUUUUUGUAUUGUUUUCUGACCGGGUAGAUGAAAUGAAGGAUGUAGAUCUCCACUUUCCUCUUUGCAAUAGGUUCAGUUUAGUUUCUUCCAUCCCCAACCCCGUUUCCUCCCAUAAGUCUGUACUUUUUAUUUAGCUAACAAACUGUUUUAAAAGCCUACGAUCAAUAGAGUCCAGGAGAGGGAAGAGGAGAAUUGUUCCCCCAGUUUUAUUCAAAAGUGAGACCAUUUUCAGGCAUUAUUUCCCGAGAGGGUGUCAGGGGUGGGCCACCCAAGUUCCACAGACCAUUUUCUAUUCCACUUGAGCACUCUUUACAGUGGCAGUGGGUCGUCCUGGGGAGGGAAGGACCCCAGGAUGUAAGCCAAGCCCCAACUAUCCAUCCCAAGGUCAGGAUGACCCAGGCCACCUGGCCCAGCAAGACUGGGAGGGUCUAGCGUCAGGGCCGGUGGGGGUGACCAGAGGCAGAGGCAUAGGGAUCUGUAACAGGGCCGUGGAUCUGUUUCGGGGAUAGCCGGCUGCUGGUAACACACCCCGCUGUCUUUCCAAACAUCUUGACCCUUCAAAAUAACUAGGACCGGGCUUGACUGAUGCCUAUUGAAAUGAUUGAACAUCUGCUCAGUGACCAGUGGGUCAUAAAUGUCUCUGGUAGGCACUGAGGGCUGCUGAGCCCAUUUUCUUAUUUUUCAACUGGUUGAGACAGCUAAGACGGAUCCCAUGUCAGUCAUGCCAUUUAAGUGCCUUUACCUGCCAAGAUAAAUGAUCAGCCAAAGGGCUUCCCCUCAGGGACCCCAAGGCUAAUUAGGCUAAAAUAGAAAGUGAUCAAGAGCAGGUUAUGGCUCCAGGAAAGCCCUCCACCUCAGAGAAAACUGCUCAGUUUGGGGAUCUGUGAUGUGGUGGGGCUUUCUUUUCAUUCUCCUUUCUGGGCAGUGAGUGGUGGAACAGCAGUAUUAGUUACUAGCUCAAUUGCAGUGUUCAAAUAGCUCUGUGGGCUGGCUUCUUAAACCACAUGUUGCCUAGUUUACCAGAGAUCCUCUUGGCUCGAAAUGUAGACCACUCACAAACCAGGAGACAGGUGGGUGUCAUCGCCCAACUUUGUCGGAAUCAGUUGGUGAGUGCCAGCAGCAUUCCUAGUGGGGCCCCCUUCUGCCAAAGUGCCAUCCUUCCUCCCUUUUUCUGUAUGGCUUUGCAGGUUGCUGACCUAUGGAAACAGAAAGGCAUUAGGGAGAGAACUUGGGGAAACCCUCCUUUCCAACUGAGCAGAUGCCAUCCUGUUCUUCCCUCUCUGCCUCAUACAACACUAAUCCUCCAUUUUUGGAACUUCCUCCUCUGAAAACAUAUUUUGUGUUCCCAGGACACUAAGAUGUGUGCAUGUGUGUGUGUGUGUGUGCGUGAGAGGGAGAGAGAAGUGUGUAUGUAUCCUUUACUCUUUCAUGUAAUCUCUAUAGGUAAUACACUUUUGGUAUAACUUGAGACCUCAGCAUCAGGAGGUGCUAGGUGAAUAUUAGAAACCAGAUGAGGAUUUUUUUUUUUCAUGGCCACAAUGAGAGGGGCUGGGUCUCAAUGAGAGGGACUUCCCCAAGGCCUGUGGGAUGUAGGAUUUAGAGUUGUGGGGUAGAAGCCACGGGUAAAAGACCCGUUCUUCCUAACUCUCCACGUGAAGAAUCAUUUAAUUGUCCUGGGGACCGGAGACCGGACCCCUCAGACUGGUGGUCUGAGCCCCUGCCCCUGGGUGAAGGUGUGCUGGUCAGAGCUGCCUGGCGGGGGCUCUGCACAGCUGCAGCCGCAGAGCCCAACUCUCACGAGUGAAAAUUCACCCACCCCAAAAGUGAAUCUUAGCAUACGGUGGCAGUGGCACCGGCAGCUCCUGUGUGCUGGCUGCUCUGCCGAAUGCAUUUUAUUCAAAUCCCUACUUCGGCCCUGGGUUAUUUUUGGUUCGGAGUGAGCCUCAGGCGGGUGAACCACAAGCAGCAUGCCCACCGAGAGUAUCCUGUGUCCUGUGAGUUCUCGGUUUCUUUUGUAAUGGAGUGUAAACCAAGUUUUAUAUUGUAAUGCGAACAGGUGAUAUCUGUUUCUCAAUAAAACCGUUUACAUUCACUCUGA